AUGGAGGAUCUGAGUUGUGAUAGGUUCUUUUUCAGAGUGGGAAUGUUCACGGCUCUCACUGCUUUCUACAGUUUGUUUCUAACAAUUUUCGCCCUUGUUCUCGAACUUUCCCAUUUGCUUUCUGGAGAAGAACAGAGGGAGAUUAGUACGAAAGAUAUGAUUUUUGGAAUGUACAUGUACGGGGCAUCGAUAUUGUUCUUCGUAUACAUGUAUGUGGUGUUGUUACUGGAUCCCCGGUGGUAUUGGACUAUCGACGUAAUAAAGAGAUGUGUGAACCAGUCCAAAUCAAGCGAUUCCUCUAUUUCCUCUGCGGUCGCCACUGUAAGAAAAGUAACGCAUUCAGGAUCUUCAGCAGGCAGUCUGUUUCUCAGAUUAGGAUGUGUUGUGUUUGGAGUGACUGGUGUCGUAUACUAUGCAUUUCUCGUAUUCCUGUGCAGUUCCGAUACGAACUGCUCUUCUUGGUCGACUGCUCUUGACGUCUGCGCCAUUGUUUUUAUUUUCACGCAGAUGCAUUUCAUUUUCUGUAAUUCCAAGCUAUCCAUCACUGGUCACCAUACUGCAGCCCGAUUAGGGACCAUGCAUUUAAUGGCAGCCAACUUAUGGACAUGGAUUCGAUACGUGUUGAUGGAGGAAGGGGUUAUGGAGAAGGAAAUCAGAGACGUAUUCAAAACGAUAAGCAAUCGCACCAGUCCAGAAAUGGACGAGGUAUCGGCUAACGCCUUCGAACAUCGAGAUAUCGACAUUAUGGGCAGUUGCCGUGCUGCCGAAUGCAUACUGGGAAGCCUUUCGGAAGUGAUGUUUACGGCAAUCGUUGAAUAUUCUCUGAUCGCAGCAGCAGUUAUGUAUAUUGUGUGGAGAAAUAUAGGGAAAGUUGGUCAUGGUUCGGAAUAUGUGAAACGAAAGCACCGUAUCAGAAUGGAUUGCUCGAAUACGACAACUGGUCUAUUCCUUGGAUUACUUUUCCUUGCUGCGACUUUCACCUCGAUGCUGGUCUACUAUGGUUACUCAAUUCUUGGAAAAAGCAAGAACGCUGCCUUUGCGUAUGCUCUCACAGACAUUUCACAGUACAUGAUAGCGACUAUUGGAUGUGCCACGGCAAUCUAUCAAAUGAGGAAAUUGGCGUUCGUUGAUAAGUGGAACAACAGUGUAUCAAGAGAUCAGGCAUCAAGGGUAUUCUUUAAUGUGGUUUUGAAAUUCCCAGUUGUGCAAGGCCAUAGGAGUAUUACCGUGGACCUUAGCCCUUCCACUAAGCCACUUGGGUUUAUCGCUAAGAAUUAA